AUGUUGAGUUCAGAGGUCCUCAAGAAGAUCGCCGACGAGGAGAAGGCGAGGCUCAAGAAGGCGGAUGAGAGAAACAAAAUAAAACAGCAUCGACCACGCGGGGAGGUGGAGGAGGAGGAGCGGCGGGAGAGGGAGGAGCUAGAGGAGCAGCAGCAGCAGCAGGAGGAGGAGGAGGUUGAGGACGAGGAUGAGGAGGACGAGGACGUCGUGUGGACGGACCGCGGCAUUCCUGAUUUUGCGGGGACAGACGACCACAAGAAAAGAACCCAGCGGGAGACGGUCAGCGCUGCCUCGCUGUCGGCGUCCGCGCGCGAGAAACUGCCCUCCCUCGAUACGUUCAUGGACAGCCUCGACGAGUCCGGCAAGUUCCCGCUACAUGGGUCGAUGAUGACGUGCUUCGACAUGAUGUUCCCGGACGAGGCGAUUGAUCUUUUUGUUGACAAGACCAACAAGUACGUGAACCUUUGCACCACGCCAUCACUCCCGGGAGCGAAGGACACGCGGAAAGCGCAUCAGUUGGAGAAGACGAGAACUCUCGGCAUGGUAACGCUGCCCGAACCCGCAUUCGAGCGGAAGCACAUCUACGGUAUGCUUGGCAUCACGAUCACGAUGGGGCUCACGAAGAAAACGCACAUGAGGAAGCACUGGAGUAGGUCGCUACACGACGACUAUCCUCUAGUGAGGGAGUGCAUGUCGCGCGACUUGUUCGAGCUGUUGUACUGCCGUUUCAUUCACUGCUCGGACGGCAACGCUCCUCCUCGUUGGGCGGGCGAGGACAAGACCCCGAACCCAGAGUUCGAUUCGAAGUGGCACAUCAGAGAGCUGGAAGACAUCUUGAACAACGCUUGGACGGAAAACAUGGACUUCAACCAGUGGCUGUGCUACGAUGAGCAGAUGGUGAAGACCGUGUCGACGUUCGCGCACUACCUCAUGAGACACAGCCCCAAGAAGCCCAUCACCCACGGUACGGGUUUCGUGUAUGGUGUCGUAUAG